AUGAAUUCCUCAAGACGCGUCUUCUUCAACCCUACCAGUGUUCCCGGACUACGAACGAAGCGAAUACAGACUCGGGACUUUUAUAAUGCAGGAGCGCUGAAAAGAGUUGGGUUGAGGAGAGAUGGCUGCUCUGCAAGGUGGAGAGGAGUGAGGAAGGAGAGCACUGAGACAGGGGAGGAUCAGACGGGACACAUUGCCGCGAAAGCCAAUGAAGGGAUUUUAUUUAUUUCCGCUGAAACUACACUGGCUAUUGCGUUUACCGAUUCGUGGUGGAAGAAGCAUAUCGGAGAUGCUGUGGCGCGCGGAAUCCCAGAUACAGUGCCAAUGAAAGUCACGGAGAUCUUGCCAAGAUUGAAAGAUGGUGGUGCUUUUGUGAAGUUUGAACAUAGUCCGGAAGUCACGCUGAAAGAGAUAGAAGGGCAUAUCACAAAGUAUUUGGAAAAUAAUCCGAUCAAACCUUGGUAUAACCCAUUUCGAAGAAUCCGCUCACAGUUGGUAAUUGGAAAACCAUGGCUAGAAGACUUGUAUCGAUUCCCCAGUCGACGACUUAAGAUUGAAUUUAUCCCUAUGUCGCCUGGAAAAGAGGCAGCCGAGCUGUCACAAGAAACACUUUACAGCAUCUUUCGAAAGUAUGGAAAGCUCGCCGAAAUCACCUCGCAGCCUUCCGACUCGAAGAUCAUGCCCAAGUAUGCUAUCUUGGAUUUUGCUAGGAUUCGUCAAUGCAUUAUGGCGAAGAACUGUGUUCAUGGACUCAAGGUUUUGGAAGAAGCCGGUGGUGGUGCGUCUGGUACACAGCUUCGACUGUCUUAUGAGCAGAAGGUAAAAGCUCAUGUCAUUCGUGACUGGCUCGUAAACCAUCCUCGAGUUGUCAUCCCGGCUGUUGCUGCUCUGGUUGCUACUGUUACCGUGGCAGUCUUUGAUCCGAUUAGGACAUUCUUCAUCAAAGCCAAGAUUGAUCAUGCUUUCCACAUCAAAGACAAUAGACUGUACAAAUGGUUCAAGAGCCAGGCCAACGACAUCUUUACUUUCCGUCACCGCAGGGAAGAAGAUGUCAGUCUUGGUGCCAUCUGGGCUGACCGCAGAGAGAUCAUUGAUCAGAUACAGACCUGGUUGAUGGAGACUGCGGAUACGUUCAUUGUUGUCCAGGGACCCCGGGGCUCUGGGAAGAAAGAACUCAUAAUGGAUCAAGCAUUAAAAGACCGCAGAAAUACGCUUGUCAUCGAUUGCAAGCCUAUUCAAGAAGCACGAGGAGACAGUGCUACCAUCUCUGCCGCCGCAAAUGCAGUUGGAUAUCGACCUGUCUUUUCUUGGAUGAAUAGCAUCAGUAGUUUGGUUGAUCUUGCAGCACAGGGAACGAUUGGUGUGAAGUCUGGUUUCAGCGAAACAUUGGAUGCUCAACUUGGCAAGAUAUGGCAGAAUACAGCCACAGCCCUGAAGCAAGUAGCUCUUGAUCAUCGAGACAACGAGGAUAAAGACGCAAAUCUGAACGAUGAUGACUGGCUUGAAGCACACCCUGAGUUCCGUCCAGUGGUUGUAAUUGACAACUUCCUUCACAAGAACGAAGACAGCAGCAUCGUUUACGACAAAAUUUCAGAAUGGGCCGCCCUCCUCACCACCGCCAACAUCGCCCACGUAAUCUUCCUCACAAACGAUAUAUCCUACUCCAAAUCCCUCAGCAAAGCACUUCCCGACCGCGUCUUCCGCCAAAUCUCCCUCGGCGACAUCACGCCCGAAGUAGCAAAGAAAUUCGUAAUAACCCACCUCGAACCUGAAUCGCCAUCCUCAAGCUCCUCCUCGUCCUCGUCGACCGAAGGUACACUCACCACCUCCCAACGUCGCGAGGACCUUGCCGAACUCGACGGCUGCAUAGAUGUCCUCGGCGGUCGCCUAACAGACCUCGAAUUCCUCGCCCGCCGCCUCAAAACCGGGCAAACACCCAACCGCGCAGUCACAGAGAUCAUCGAACAAUCCGCGUCCGAAAUCCUAAAAAUGUAUCUCCUCACCGUCGACAAGGCGCCCCGCAAAUGGAGCCCCGAACAAGCUUGGUUCCUCGUCAAAGCCCUCGCCGCUAACUCUGAAUUGCGCUAUAACGAGGUUCUCCUGUCCAACACCUUUGCUUCGUCCCUCGCACCAGACGCUUCAAACGGGGAAGCUGUCCUCGAAGCCCUAUCCGCUGCUGAGCUCAUCACAAUUAAAACCUACAAAGGCCGACCUCAAUCCAUCAAAGCCGGUCGACCGGUCUACGCGGCCGCCUUUAGACUCCUCACCGAAGACAAGGUCUUGAGAGCGCGCAUGGAUCUUGCGAUUCUCACCGAGCUGACGAAGAUUGAGACGAAGAGUAUUGAUAAAUAUGAGACGGAGCUUGCGAUGUUGGGGGGAUUGCCUAGUCAACCGAGGGAGGUGGGUCCUAGAGUGCAGUUCUUGCUCGGGAAGCUGGGGGCGAGUCAGAGGAAGGUGGAGGGGUGGGAGAGGGAGAUGGGGGGGUUGAAGGAGGUUUUGAUGAGGGAUUAUUAG